AUGUGUGAUAAUAGUUCCAUAUGGUUGGUAACGUUCCUAUCGGUCAUAAUACUGGACAUCGACUACGGGCUCUAUAUUGGGCUCAUUUGGUCGUUAAUAACACUGAUCUACAAGUCUCAAAGACCCAGAAACUACUUGUUGGGAACGGUAGGCGAUCAGACGGAUGUGUUUGUGCCGAUUGGCAAAUAUGUGAGCGCCAAGGAGGUGCCAGGUAUCAAGAUCUACCAGUUCUGUGGGCCCCUACACUUCGCUAACGUCGACUACUUUACCGAAGGACUCGAACAGAAAAUUGGUUUCUCACCAAAAGAAAUAAAGAGAAAAUUAGCAAAACUGGAGAAAAUCAAGAACUCAAACAAAAUCAAUUGUAACAAAAACAUAACGGAGCACAGGAACCGACUGUCCUAUAAUAAUAAAAGGGAUACCAUACCUAAGCUACCGACUCACCUGAUUAUCGACUGUUCAAUGUUCUCAUACAUCGACACGAAUGGCAUUAAGACAUUGAAGCGAAUGAUUGCCGAUUACGGGGCCGUAGGUCUCAAAACAUUAUUAGGUGGUUGUCCCUCACACGUAACCAAACAGCUGGAAAGGGAUCACUUUUACGCUGCCGUACCCGCACAUCAUAUCUACAUCAGUAUAUACGACGCCAUACAGUGCGCUAUACAACAGCAAAGGGACGGCAUAUCGAUGGUGGCCAAGGAGUUGCAACGGAUGGACGACGAGAUUAACGGCAAACUCAACGGCACCGUACUGUCCAAUGGGAACGGUAUUCACAAUAUUGGUUACGAGAAUUUCGAUGAGAUUCGCAUAGAGCUCGAACCGGGCGUCGAGCAAAGGGUCAGCCCCGAGGGCAGGGAAAGGGAGACUGCGUUUAACAUUGACUGACCUAAAAAUGCAGAAUAUUCUGUGUUUGCAUACAUUACGAUAAUUAUGUGAUUUCUAGGCAAU